AUGGUGGUCAUGCAGUCCCAACAGCCCACGGUAACAGUUCAGCCGAAUCAUCCAAUCUUCGCUUUUGUUAUCAAAUAUGGGCUUUCUUGCACAGCGGCAACUUUUGCCGAAACAGGUAAGUAUUAGUGCUGCUCGUUUUUAUGUCUUUAGUUACAUACCCAUUGGACAUCACUAAGACAAGGCUACAAGUGUCUACAAGAACGACGGGAAGGCGACGAAGUAUGAUUCGAAUGAGUUAUAACAUAGCAAAGAAGGAGGGUAUGUCAAGUUUGUGGUUGGGAGUGUGGCCGGCGAUUUGUAGGCAUUAUGGUGAGUACAUUUGAUGUUUUCCUAGUCAAAUGAUUUUAGUUUAUACUGGUGUACGAACAGGGCUUUACGAAUUAAUACGGAAUAAUUGGUACGAUCCCAAAAAGGAGAAGAGGUUUCCAGUGUGGUAAGGGAGUUAGAGUCUUAGCCAGAUAUCUGGGAGCCUUCAGGAAAGCCCUAAUUUCUGGAUUGGUAUCUGGAGCGGUGGGCCAAUUUGUUUCCAGUCCAGCCGAUUUGGUCAAAGUUCAAAUGCAAACAGAGGGUCUGCGGAAGAGACAAGGACUUCCUCCAAGGUAGGUGUACUUAUUUUAAUAUAACGUUUUCAGAUAUAAGGGGGCAUUUGAUGCGUUUCUCCAUUUAUAUAGAACUAAUGGGAUCAGAGGACUCUGGCUUGGGUGGGUACCUAACUGUCAGCGUGCUGCGUUACUGAAUAUGGCUGGUAAGCAUGUCGAAAGUUAUGCUAACAAAUGCAAUCCGGGCUGCAUUUCUUGCCUAAGUAUUGAGAGGAACAUUUUCAUUCUGUGAAAAACGUCUAAGCCGAUUUUUUUGGAUUCCAAGAAAGUUUUGGUAUUCUAUUUUACUGUUUCUGGAGGAAGACCGGAAACAUUGUUGUCUGUUUGUAAUUUUGCAAUAUUUUCGUGUGAUUUUUUCAAAUUCGGCCAUUCCUUUGAGAGCUUCCGAAAAAUCAAAGCCCGGGACUGGGCCGGAAAAAUUUGGAAAGCCCGGCCCGGAGCCAUGCCUAACACAGUGAUAGCGGAUAUCAGGAAUAUUCUUUCCUCGAAUUUUUACGAUCAUGCUUCAGAUCUUGCAACUUAUGAUCGUACAAAACGUUUUAUCCUUGACAACACUAGCCUCGAAGAUAAUUGGAUGACUCAUGUUUGUGCUAGUGCUUCGUCGGGACUGGCUGCGGCUAUUGUCUCAACACCUGCUGAUGUGGUGAAGACCAGGAUUAUGGAUCAGAUACGGCAAGAAUUCGAUGGUGGAAGGUAUUUUACAAACUGUAGUGACUUACGUAUUACUUCAGUGCUUUUAAACGACGAUAUAAAGGAUCUCUUCAUUGCCUAAGGAUAAUUGUUCGGACCGAAGGCUUUUGGGCGUUAUACAGAGGUUUCUUGCCGACAUACGUCAGGAUGGUAAGAAGUUCAAUUUUCAAACUGAUUUUACCUUUCAGGCUCCUUGGUCUCUCACUUUUUGGGUGUCUUAUGAGAAGAUUCGCCAGAUUACUGGAGCACCGAGCUUUUGA